CUGGCCACAUUCGCGCGCCAUUUGGGCCAUGAAAGCCGUUGCUUCAUCUUCUUCUUCCUCGCUCUCGCUCCUCGCCACGCUGCAUCGCAUCGGCGCCUGCUCCCUUCCUAGCGCCACGAACCUUCGACUCGUCCCCAUGGACGACGCCCCUUCGCACGGAGGUAAGGAGAACAAGACGGAUCAGAUGAGGGAGUGCCGCGGCAAAGAAGCCUGCGAGUUCAGUCCCCGGACGGACCACCUCUCCGAUCGCAUCCUCCCUCAUAUUCUCAACCUUUAUGCUUCUCACGCCACUCCUCAUGACUUCGAGAUCUAUGCUGAUGAUGCUUCUUUUGAAGACCCACUCAUGUCUGCUCAUGGGGUGAAGCAGAUCAAGUCAGCAUUUUACUCUCUAACAAAGGUGUUCAGUGAAUCGAGAAUUGUUGAAUACACUGUCAAAGAGAAUUUGAUAUCACCAGGGAAAUAUGAGAUACUUAUUGACAAUAAACAAUACUACAAGUUUUUGGGGAGGAACAUAGAUAUGAUCUCUCUCAUUAGGCUGUAUGUGGAGAAUGACAAAGUUGUUCGUCAUGAGGACUGGUGGGAUAAGAAGCCUCUCAAGAGCAGGGACACUAUCAAGAUUCCUAUGGUUGGCAUAACUCUGGAAAUGCUUCGCCGGGGCUCAAUGAUGGCAACUCAUGCUAUGAUGGGGUUUGGAAAGGAUCCUACCGUGUAAAUCAACUCUUACUUCUGAACGGAGAAUUUCUUUACUCCUAUUAGAGAGUGUGCAGACAAGUUGGUGGUGGUUUUUAUAGCUAGAGAAAGUAUUCAAGCAAACUGUGUGGUGGUGGUGGUUAUUGCUUGAGAACGUGAACCAAGCAACCAGUUACAAGACAACUCUGAGGUUUAGGUAGGGUCACGCCUAUGGCUCUCAGAGGAUUGAAAUUCUAUUUGUGGGUGAAUUUUGGUGAAAUUUUAUAAGUAUUAGCAACAAGCCGAUGGUAUUCUGGCACUUUAUGAUCUGCUUCUCUUUUUGUAGAUGCUGCUCAUAUUAUUACCCAGUAUAGGUUUCUCUCUGUGAACAAAUUAUUCUGUUUAAUAAGACUGGAUUUCCAUGAUGUUUCUAGCGGUGCUACAAAUGUUAUGCCCCA